CCCGUUCCAAUGUCUUUAUAUAACCUUACGAUUUUUUUUUUCAAAAUACAUUUUUCAUUAAGCCACUGGAUCAUUCAAUACAAAACUCGUAUCAAAAAUGAAAGGAUUUGGAUCUACAAUUGUAUUUUGCAUUUUAGUGCAAAUCGCAUUUGGAAAGAUACCAGAAUGGCUCCCUCCAGAUAUGAUGGACAUGGUUCAAGGUGAUAAAAAUAGGUGUAUGAGUGAACAUGGAACAUCACAAGCUGUAAUUGAUGAUGCUAGUGAAGGUAAAUUUAUAGAAGAUCGCAGCUUAUCGUGCUACAUGUACUGUUUAUUCGAAUCUUUCAGUUUGGCAGAUGAAGAUGGAAAUGUAGAUGCAGAUUUAUUAAGUAGUUUAAUGCCUGAACACAUUCAAACUGCUGCUUUAGAUGUAUUUGGAGCCUGUGGUAAUGCAGCGGGAUCCGACCCAUGUGACAAAUUUUAUAAAAUGGCCGUAUGUGCAUAUGCAAAACGACCAGAUAUUUGGUUCAUGAUUUAAGAAUUAAUAUCAAAAUCAACGAAUAUUCCUUUUCAAAUAAAAAAAAAGGAAUAAAAUGAGAAUAGAAUAUUCAGUGAAUUAUUCAAUUAAUGAUGAAGAUUUAGUUAAAAUGUAAAUUAAACAUAUUUAUUUAAUUUAAAUUCUUAAUUAAACUAAAUCAUUAUUUAUCAGGAUUUAUUAAUUUAGUUUUAGUUAAACUGAAUAAGGAUUUAUUUACUUUUAAUUUUAAUUCAAAUUUAUAUGUAAAUUUAGGAAUGACAUGUCCUAUUUAUUGUAAAUAAUUAAUAAAGAAUUUUUAAAUUCGG